AACCGGGCACCGGCUGCGGAAGCGAAAGCGAAAGCCGAGGGAACCCGGCCGCCCUGGCUCGGGGAUCCUCGCCCGCCGACAGAGGGGAAACGAAGCGGAGGCGGCGCGAGGGGACUUCAGAGCUCGGCCCGCGGCACGUAAAGGAAAGACCCCUGAGCUCCAGCCCAGAAGCCCCCUCCGAUCUCGCCAUGCGGCUCCCUGACCUGAGACCCUGGGCCUUCCUGCUGCUGGCCGACUCGGCGUUACUCUGGCUGCUGCAGGCGACCCUGGGGGCUCUGCUUCCCCGCGGGCUUCCAGGCCUGUGGCUAGAGGGCACCUUGCGACUGGGAGGGCUCUGGUGGCUGCUGAGGCUGGGAGGGCUGCUGGGGUUUGUGGGAGCACUGCUGCCCCCCCUCUGCCUGGUGACCCCUCUGUUUCUCUCCCUGAGGGCCCUGGUUCCAGGGACCUUGAGUGCUCCCCCAGCCAGGGCGGCUUCAGCCCCUUGGAGCUGGCUGCUGCUGGGGUACGGGGCGGCAGGGCUGAGCUGGGGCGUGUGGGCUGUGCUGAGCCCUCCAGGAACCCCGGAGAGGGAGCAGGGCCAGGAGAACAAAGCCUUGAUGUGGAGGUUGCUGAAGCUCUCCUGGCCAGACCUGCCUUUCCUGGGUGUGGCCUUCUUCUUCCUCGCUGUUGCCGUGUUGGGUGAGACAUUAAUCCCUUACUAUACUGGUCGUGUGAUUGACAUCCUGGGAGGUGAUUUUGAUCCUGAUGCCUUUGCCAGCGCCAUCUUUUUCAUGUGUCUCUUCUCCGUUGGGAGCUCACUGUCCGCAGGCUGCCGAGGAAGCACCUUCACCUUCGUCAUGUCCAGAAUCAACCUGCGGAUCCGGGAGCUGCUUUUCUCCUCCCUCCUGUGCCAGGACCUUGCUUUCUUCCAGGAGACUAAGACAGGGGAGCUGAAUUCCCGGCUGAGCUCGGAUACCAAACUGAUGAGUCAUUGGCUUCCUCUUAAUGCCAACGUGCUGUCUCGAAGCCUGGUGAACGUGCUGGGACUUUACAGCUUCAUGCUCAACCUGUCACCUCGACUCACCCUCCUUUCUCUGCUUGAGGUGCCUCUAAUGAUAGCGGCUGAAAAGAUGUACAGUGCUCGCCAUCAGGCAGUCCUUCGGGAGAUCCAGGAUGCUGUGGCGAAAGCAGGACAGGUGGUACGUGAGGCAGUUGGAGGGCUGCAGACUGUGCGCAGUUUUGGGGCGGAGGAGCAAGAGGUCCGUCGCUAUAAGGAGGCUCUUGACCGAUGCCGGCAGCUGUGGUGGCGACAAGAUCUGGAAAAGGCUGUCUAUGUGCUCUUCAGGAGGAUGCUGCACUUGGCAAUGCAGGUGCUGUUGCUGAGACGUGGGCUGCAGCAGAUCCUGGCUGGGGACCUCACCCGGGGCGGGCUGCUCUCCUUUCUGCUCUACCGGGAGGACGUGGGCAACCACGUGCAAACCCUGGUGAACAUGUUUGGGGACAUGCUGAGCAACGUGGGGGCUGCAGAGAAGGUGUUCUGCUACCUGGACAGAAAGCCAAAUCUGCCUCCAACUGGGACACUGGCCCCGCCCACUCUGCAGGCCCUGGUGAAAUUCCAAAACGUCUCCUUUGUGUAUCCCAGUCGCCCUGACCAGCCUGUGCUCAAGGGUCUGACAUUCACCCUGCGUCCUGGGCAGAUGACCGCACUGGUGGGGCCCAAUGGAUCUGGAAAGAGCACAGUAGCUGCCCUGCUGCAGAAUCUGUACCACCCCACCGAGGGGCAGGUGCUGCUGGACGGGAAGCCCAUCUCCCAGUAUGAGCACCGCUACCUACACCAACAGGUGGUUUUGGUCGGGCAGGAGCCUGUGCUGUUCUCGGGUUCGGUGAGGGACAACAUCACUUAUGGGCUGAAGGGCUGCAGCGAUGAGAAGGUGCUGGCUGCUGCACGGGCGGCCAGAGUGGAGGAGUUCAUAAAGGAAAUGAAGCACGGACUCGAUACAGAGGUGGGGGAGAAAGGGAACCAAUUGGCUGUGGGACAGAAGCAACGUCUGGCCAUCGCCCGGGCCCUUGUGCGGGACCCCCAGGUCCUCAUCCUGGAUGAAGCCACCAGUGCCCUGGACGUGGAGUGUGAGCAGGCUCUGCAGGACUGGAAAGCUCACGGGGGCCGAACGGUGCUGGUGAUCACCCACAGGCUGCACACGGUUCUGAGCGCCGACCAGAUCCUGGUGCUGAGGCAGGGGGAGCUGCAGGAGCACGUGCAGCUCAUGGAGGAGCAGGACCUCUACUCCCGCCUGGUGCAGCAGAGCAGGAGGACUGAGACCCCAGAGAUGCUGGAGCCUUCUCAGGGCCAUCUCAGAGACCCAGAGUAGCUCCUGCUUUGGCUUUCCCUGGGGGUGUUCCCCUGGGUGGUUGUUCUUGGAGCUGGAGGAACGAUGAUGGAGAUUUAGACCAUGUGUACUUUUGUCAGGGCCAUGGGAGGGCAGGGGGUUGCUCUCUGUAUCCAGGGACCUUAUUUCCUUGAUGAAUAGAGCUUUGCCUGGUGCUGAGUACUGUACUGUGGCAUCAUAAAUAUAUUUCAAAAUAUUUUUUCCUUGUAUAAAUAGCACACAUUCGUAUAGGAAAUGUAGACAAUAGAGACAGGUAGGAAGGAGAAAAGUGAAACUACACACUGUUUCACAUCCCAGAGAUAAUCACAGGGACUAUUUUGCUGGCUGUCUUAUCAGCCUUUGAAUUGUUCUUUGAGAUACAUAUUAACCAGUAUGACAUAAAUAUUCAUGAGUGUGCCUUUCUGUGUCCUUCCCCAUUCCCACCAGGACCGGAUAUUUUGUUGGGGAGCUAGGGUAUGGUGGGACAGAGCACCGUUCCCUAAUUAACAGUAUGAAUAAAAUAUUGAUGAGUUACUGUGUACAGAGUUUUAAUAUGAGUAGGAACUAUGCUAAGCCUUUUUCAUGUAUUAUCAU